GUCUUUCUUACUCUACCUACUCAUCGCAGUUUGGCACCCGGGCACUGCCUUCUCACGCCCUAUGAUCACAUUGGUUCCCUGAACAGGGCCGACAUGGAGGUCGCCCGUGAGUUGGCUCAAUUUAAGUUUCAACUCUCAAGCUUGGCAGCCAAUGCGCUCUUUCCAGUAUCCCAAUCAGGCCAGCCUGUUGAAAGCAGAGCUGGUGAAGGGUCUCCGUUAUCGCCAUCUUCGGACAGUGGAGCAACCAGUAGUCCGGGGGAUUUUGUAUUUUUGGAAACUUCGCGAAUUCCUGAUUCACCUAAGCAACAUGCUCAGAUUGAAUGUAUCCCGCUUUCUGGAGAAAUGGUCGAGUUGUUGCCAUUCUAUUUUAAGGCAGGUCCCGUUUUUAUCUAUUCUGAAGGCUUUGCAAGUUAA